AUGCCCAAAACCUUGGUUUGGUGUACUUGCAGUAUUUGCUCAUUAAGUAAAGAUGGCAGCCUUUGGAAAUUAAAAAGUGCUAGAACUCGGCAUCAUAAACGUGAUAGGCGAAAUAAACGAAGUCCUAGUGAUGAAUUAGAAUUACAAAAUACUAUUCAAAACCAAGCAACAUAUGGUUUUUACCAAGGAACAUUUGAGCCUGAACUUAAUAAUCUCGAAAAUGAUAAUGAAUUUGGGGAAGGGUCAAGAAAUAAUAAUAGAUUAGAAAAUGUCAAUAGACUUGAGAAUGGGUUCGAAUAUGCUAAUGAAUUUGAAAAUGGGUUGGACUAUAAUAAUGAAUUCGAAGGUAUUAAUGAAUCCGAGAAUGGUUCAGAAAUUGAUGAAUUUGAGGAUUGGUCAGAAAACGAUAGUAGCGACUCAAGUAUAGCUAGUUCAACUUUAACAGAUAAUGAAGAAGAUACCUCUUUUAUAUCCUCUGAACUUGCUACAGUAAUCCGACUUCUUAAGGGAAAUUAUGAAAGCCAUAAUAACAAAACCAAUUAG